CGUCCUCACCGCUGUUCUUCCAUCAGUCGCCUUUGCUGCUGCAGCAGCUGCAGCCACCGAAACACCAUUAGAAAAAGAAAAGAAAAAUCCAAGCGAAUCAGACCCUCCCAACGGUCACCUCGCCGUGGCCUGAUCGCCUCCCCCGUCAUCCACCGGCUCCCAAGCCCCCCCCCCCCCACCCUUAGCGAAAGCGCCACCGGAUCCGACCGAGCCCGCCUCGAGGCCCUCUCCCCUCCCUCCUCCCCCUUUCUCCCCACCUCAAGGAACCCCGUCCGCCUUCUAAGUUUUCACCCACAUGCGUGGCGCCUUCUGCCUCCGCCGCGGCGCCAGCGAUGUCGCGUAGCGGGGUGGAGGUGGUCGCCAGCAGGGGGUGCGCGAGCCUGGUUUUCCCUGGGAUGCAUCAGCCCUCCUCUGCCGCCUCCGUCGCGUCCUCCUCCGCCUCGCGCUGCGCCGCCGCCACCGGUGCGGGUGCGGGCGCGGGACCGCGAGCCGACGGGCCCUUCUCCGGCCUGGUCAUCUGCGUCACCGGGCUGUCCAAAGAGGCCAGGGCUCAGGUGAAGGAGGCGACGGAGCGGCUGGGGGGCGAGUACAGCGGGAGCCUGCACCCCAAGUGCACGCACCUCGUGGUGCAGAGCUUUGCCGGGCGCAAGUUUGAGCACGCACUGAAGCAUGGUCCGAGGAAUGGGCUGUUCAUCGUUACGUUGGGUUGGUUUGUCGAUUGUGUGCGGAGAAACAUGAGGUUGGAUGAAUCCUUGUAUAGUAUCAAGAACAUUGGGGAGAAUGGUCUGCCGCUCGGGGAGUUCAACCGGCUUGUUGGAGUUCCUGUCGACGAGAAGUCUUGCCUCCCACCAAUGGUAUUUCAAGACAAGGCAUGCUCAAACACGACCCGGAAGCAUCCGCUUCAGACUCCUAGGAAAGAAUGUGGCCAUGAUGAGUUUGUUUUUAAAAAUUACACUAUCUACAUUGACCCUGGGAUAUCUGGUGAGAUGAGAAAGAAGAUUUCUGAUGCUGCUAUGAGAGAAGGUGCAAAGUUGCUGGAGCACUGGUUUAUUGGUUGUCAUGCCACAUAUGUUGUGUGUGAGGAUGCUACUAUUAAGAGAUAUGUUGGCCACUCAGAUAACAUUGUAACUCCACUUUGGAUCUUGAAAACAGUGAAAGAAAAGAACUUGCAGCGUCUUGUCCAUUUGUCUUCAGACCUAGCUAGGCAGGUUGCCAUGGUUCUUGAAAAUGUCCGAACAUCUGAAGAGAAUAGAAAACUUGGGAGUGUUCCUUCUAUAAACUCCAGUGGACUUCCAUCAACUCAAGGGGAGAUUGAUGAGGUCCAUCAAGAGAGGCAAAAGUUUGUUGAAGUGGCAAAGAAAGAAGUUCGAGACCGCCGUGCUCAUCGUAUGCAGUCAUGUGAAGUGCCGAUUCAUCCAAUCACACCUGCCACACUCCUAGAUUCAAUCUGCUGGACAAUCUCUGAGCCAACCUCAUCUGCAUCUAUUUAUACGGAAUCUUCGUGGUCUGACGAUGCCAAGGAGCAGCAAAGCACCACUUAUUUUGAUGCAAAUGGGGAUGGGACGGAUCCAGAUCAAUCAACUGAUAAUUUCUCCCGCCCACUGAGAGAAAGUGAGCAAAGCGAUGUGAUCUUCAAGAAUCACUUUCUUACCAUACUCUUCCCUAUUGAUCGUUUUGGCGAGCUUGGACCUUCCUCGCGGACAUUCUACAGCAAUGGUGGCUUCACACGUAUACAAGUGCUGGAACACAUCUACAACUUCUACCAGGAGAACAUGUCAAGCAACGAGAUAGAUGUGGCCUUGCAUACGGAUUCACGGCAUGCUGAUCGACUUCGAUCUUUGUAUGCAAGUGCCGAAUCAGCAGAGAAAGGAUCAGUAGCUUUCAAAAGAAUAGACUUCUUAGGGAGCCGAAGAAGUCUCGAGGCAUUAAAGCGCCUUAACAGGGAGAAUAAUAGUAACGUAUAUGAGCUUGUGAUUAGGGCAUGAACGCACCCUUCUCAAGUACCAUUUGAUGAUGUAUUUGUCCAUUUCCCAUAGGAUUAGAAAACUACAGGUUGAGAGAGGGAUGUUCCAUGUUUGCAAAACAAAAAAUUUAGAAAAUAAAUCCACAGCUCGUUGGAUCUUUCAGAUGUAAGCUUGAGAUGUCAUGUACUUAUCUAUUUUUAGAAACACGAUACGUUCAUAUAUUUUCUUCAGAUUUA